AUGUCUAACAGCAGUGUAAUUCAGCAGAACCAUUCCUCCAAUGAGAUGCUGCCGGACACCUCAGAGAGGCUCCGCAGCAUUCUCAUAGCCCUGUACAUCACUGACCUGGCUGGUGGCACCCUCGGCGUCAUCAUGAUGUCCCAUCAGUUGUUUCAAAGAAGAUCCAAAUCUGUGAUGACCAUUAUCAUCAUCAGCCUCCUGGUGCUGCACACCUUUAUGCUACUCAGCAUCCCCUUCCGCCUCAGCUAUUACAUUUUACAGGAAUGGAAAUUUGGGAGGUUUGCCUGCAAGAUAGUAAGCGCCAUCAUCUACCUCCACAUGUACACCACCUUCGCAUUUUAUGUGGUUAUCAUCAUAAUACGCCUCUUCCGACUCGAGGUUAGGAAGUGCUACACUACAGCCUGGGUGGCUGCUGUCUGGCUGGUGGGAGCGCUGGUGAUCACACCUCUUCUUCUCUCAUACUAUGGCACCUCUAAGACAUACCACUCCUCUGAAUGCUUUCAGUUUCACAAGGAGAUACAAGAAGUGCCCAUGGUGAUUGUAAACUACUGCUUGGUUGGGAUUUUGCUGGCAGUUUGUGCUGUGCUCACGAUAAUCCAGUUGGCUGUGAUCUAUAGACUGGCUGUGAAAUACUGGCCUGACAUCAACUCCCAUGUGGAAUUCAGGGCUCAGGCAAAGAGUUUCUUCUUCAUCUUGGUAACGAUAGUGUGCUUUAUGCCUCAUCACGUAUUCAGGGUAUACUACAUCCAAAACUGCCACCUAGACAAAGACCAUAAACUACUCCCAUACAAUGAAAUUUUUUUAGCUUUAACAACAAUGUGCUGUUUGGAUAUGUUGUGCUUCGUAACAGGAAUAGCCCACUGA